CCGUCACCUGACCGCCUCCCGCGGCUGGGCCCGAGGCGGCGGUGGCGCGCACAGCCUCGGCGCCGUGUCCUCGCCAUGGCCGGCAACGGGGCCCCGGGGUCCGCGCCCCGGCGGAACGGCCCCGGCCCCGCGCUGGAGAAGGAGGAGGACGAGGAGGAGGAGGAGGAGCCGGCGCUGGGCUGCGGUGGCGACCUGGAGGUGAACCCCUACGAUGGGCUGCCCUUCUCCUCCCGCUACUACGAGCUGCUGCGGCAGCGCCGGGACCUGCCCGUCUGGACCACCAAGUACAGCUUCAUGGAGCACUUGGAAGGCAACAGCGGCAUCGUCCUCGUGUCUGGGCCCCCUGGCACCGGCAAGAGCACCCAGAUCCCGCAGUGGUGCGCAGAGUACGCCCUGUCCCUGCAGUUCGCCCACGGGGUGGUGGCCUGCACCCAGCCCCACAGCCUGGCCGCCCUCAGCCUCUCCCUGCGCGUGGCGGACGAGAUGGACCUGAACCUGGGCCACGAGGUGGGCUACUGCGUGCCCCACGAGGACUGCUGCACCACGGAGACUAUCCUCAGGUACUGCUCGGAUGAGAUGCUGCUGCGGGAGAUGACGUCGGACCCGCUGCUGCGGCAGUACGGGGUGGUGGUGCUGGACGAGGCGCAGGAGCGCACGGUGCCCACGGACGUGCUGCUGGGGCUGCUCAAGGAUGUGCUGCGCCAGCGCCCCGCGCUCAAGGUGGUGGUGGUCACCUCGCUGGCCAUGGAGGAGCGGCUCCGCGCCUUCUGCGGGGACCCCCCUGUGGUGCGGGUGCCGGCGCACGGGGACCCCCCGGCGCUGCUGUACCGAGACCCGCCGGCGCGCGGCCGCAUCGCCGCUGCCUGCCAGGCAGUGCUGGACAUCCACAGGCGGCAGGAGCCUGGCCACAUCCUGCUCUUCAUGGCCAGCGAGCAGGAGAUCACCGAGGCCUGCAGUGCCCUGCGGGGCGAGGCGGCCGCGCUGCACCCAGGGCUGGGCCCGCUGCUGGUGCUGCCGCUGCACCCCGGCGUGGGCCGCGCCGUGCAGAGGCUUUACGAGGGGCUGGAGGAGGGCGGCCGCGAGCGCCGUGUCGUCGUCAGCCACGGGCUGGCCGAGGCCUCCUUCUCCAUGGGCGGCAUCCGCUUCGUCAUCGACACCGGCCUGGAGCUGCGCAGCGUCUACAACCCGCGCAUCCGGGCAGAGUCCCAGGUCCUGCGGCCCAUCAGCAAGAGCCAGGCCCAGUCCCGCAUGGAGCGAGCUGCCGGCAGCCCCCCAGGCACCUGCCUGCGCCUCUACUCAGAGUCCUUCUAUGAGCAGCGGCUGCCGCCCAGCCCCGCGCCCCACGUCAGCGAGACCAGCCUCAGCCGCCUCGUGCUGCUGCUCAAGCGCCUGGACAUCGCCGACAUGGGCCAGUGCGACUUCCUUGACCGGCCAGCGCCCGAAUCACUGAUGCAAGCACUGGAGGACCUGGAUUAUUUGGCCGCCCUGGACGACGACGGGAACCUGUCGGAGGUGGGGAUCAUCAUGUCGGAAUUCCCACUGGAUCCUCAGCUGGCCAAGGCGCUCAUCGCGUCCUGCGAGUUCGACUGCGUGGAGGAGAUGGUCAGCCUGGCCGCCAUGCUCACCGCCUCCCCCUGCUUCCUGCCGCCUGCCACACACAUGGAGGAGGCCGUGGCCAUGCACCGCCGGGCCCUGCUGCACCCAGACGGAGACCACUUCACCCUCAUCAACAUCUUCAAUGCCUUCCAGCAGCAUGAGGCGGACGAGGGCUGGUGCCGCAAGCACGCGGUGAACGCGGCUGCACUGCGGCUGGCCGGCACCGUGCGUGCGGAGCUGCUGGAGGUGAUGCAGCGCAUCGAGCUGCCCGUGUCCCCCCCUGCUUUCGGCACCCACGCCAAUGUGUGCAACAUCCAGAGAGCCCUCAUCUCCGGAUACUUCCUCAAGGUAGCCCGGGACAUCGACGGCUCCGGCAACUAUGUGAUGCUGACGCACAAGCACGUGGCCCACUUGCCCCCCGCCUGCUGCUACCUGCUGCGGCAGCCCCCCCGGCGCCUGCCCCCGUGGGUGCUGUACCACGAGUUCACCAUCUCGCAGGACAACUGCCUGCGCGUGGUCUCGGAGAUCCAGCCCCAAAUGCUGGUGGCGCUGGCACCCCAAUACUACCUGAGCAACCUCCCGCCCAGCGAGAGCCGCGACCUGCUCAUGGCGCUGCGGGAGGAGGUGGCGGCUGGGGAGGACGCGUCGACGGUGCCCACAGCGCUGGGAGCAGCGCCCGGCGGCGGGGAUGAGGAUGAGGAUGAGGAUGAGGACAAGGAGGUGUGUGUGCUGCAGUGAGCCGCAGCCGCCGGAGCCCCGCGUCGGGGCUGCCUGCGCUUGGCCGGGACCCCGGGGAGCGGGGAGCUCCCGGCGGGAGGGAAGCCGCGGUGCUGACCCCAUCCAUCACCGGGAGGCACGGGCCGGGCUGCGGCUUCCGCAGCAGCACCGCGGGCACCGGGACCGGCCCCGGGACAGAGCCCAGGCCGGGGAGCGCCGGCCCCGAGGAGUCGCGCAGGGAACCCCCCACUCCAUCAGCCCGCGUUCUCCGGGGGCUGCCGUGGGGCUGAGGCCGUCCCGUGCCCCCCGUGCCGGGGGAGCAGCGCCAGGGGCCGCUCGUGGGUCUCUCCUGUAUAAAGUUCUGCGACCUUU